CACGGACAGUGUUGACAUGGAUACCUCUGUGGCGCCAAUGUUUAUGCAGUAAAUUGGAUAUAAACGCUAUUUUUACACUUCGUGUCUCACAUAUAGGCCUCGCGACGCCUCGGGUUUUCCCACGGACUCUAACCGGCAUGAUGUUCCAGGGCCUCGGUCAUCAUCCAUACUCCACACUCGGUGCUCAAUAGUGGCACGUACCAAGAGCUAAGUUUGUGGUGACAGAAGCCCAGGUUUUAUGGCUGGCCUUUGUUUGUGCAACACCUUGCACUGUAUGUGACUCAUCAAAGAAUAUAGACUGACUGAGUGUGGUAGAAAAUUGAAAGGAACUGGGCACGCUGUAGUGCCACCUUUUGAAAAUAUUAAAUCUAAGUCCUCGGGUGCUGAAAUAGACUUCGCAUCUUCAUCAUGGCCUCCGUUCCGGUUUAUUGCUUGUGCCGACUUCCUUACGAUGUCACACGCUUCAUGAUCGAGUGUGAUGUUUGCCAGGACUGGUUUCACGGAAGCUGUGUUGGCGUGGAAGAAGAUAAAGCAGCAGACAUUGACCUGUACCAUUGCCCUAACUGUCAAGUGACACAUGGACCGUCUGUCAUGCGUAAGCGGCGUGGCAGUUCUAAGCAGACUGACAGUUCAGGAGGCAGAAGAGACUCAGGGCGACCGGUGAAGACUGGGAGCGCUCAGUUUGUUCGUGAAUUACGCAGCCGCACUUUUCCCAGUGCUGAUGAGGUCCUGCUAAAGCCUACAGGAGCCCAGCUCACAGUCGACUUUCUGGAGGAGCGCUCCUUCAGUGUCCCAGUCUUGGUCUUGAGGAGGGAUGGGUUAGGCAUGAGUCUGCCCCCUGCUUCUUUCUCUGUGUCCGAUGUCGAGCACCUCGUUGGAAGCGAUAAAGAAAUUGAUGUGAUUGACGUGAUACGUCAGGCAGACAUGAAGAUGAAACUUGGGGACUUCGUAGAGUACUAUAAUAGUCCCAACCGAGACAGAGUGCUUAAUGUGAUAAGCCUGGAGUUUUCAGACACGAGGCUGUCUAACCUCGUAGAGACCCCGAAGAUUGUGAGGAAACUAUCAUGGGUGGAAAACCUCUGGCCUGAAGAAUCUGUGUUCGAGAGGCCGAAUGUGCAGAAGUACUGCCUGAUGGGGGUGAAAGACAGCUACACAGACUUCCACAUUGAUUUUGGAGGAACAUCUGUGUGGUACCAUGUUCUACGGGGUGAGAAGAUUUUCUACCUAAUCCGUCCAACUACUGCUAAUCUGUCACUGUUUGAGCGCUGGAGCUCCUCCACCAAUCAGAACGAGCUCUUCUUUGGGGACCAAGUGGACAUGUGCUACAAGUGCUCGCUCAAGCAAGGAAACACACUGUUUAUCCCGACUGGAUGGAUCCACGCAGUUCUUACUCCAGUUGACUGCCUGGCAUUUGGUGGAAAUUUUCUUCACAGCCUCAACAUCGACAUGCAACUUCGCGCAUACGAAAUUGAGAAGAGACUUAGCACAGCAGACCUAUUUAAGUUUCCUAACUUUGAGACUGUGUGCUGGUAUGUUGGCAAGCACCUCCUAGACACUUUCAGAGGUCUGAGGGAAAAUCGACGGCAUCCUGCUGCUUAUCUAGUCAACGGAGCCAAGGCUCUUAAUAACGCCUUCCGAAGCUGGACUCGCAAAGAGUCCUUGGCUGAGCAUGAGGAUGAGAUCCCAGAAACCAUUAAGACCCAGCAGCUGGUGAAGGACCUUGCUAAAGAAAUACGACUCGUAGAGGAUAUCUUCCAGCAGAAUAUAAACAGAAGUGGGGCACCAUUUGGUGGCUCACAGGCCAUUCCAUCUGCUCACCCCAAACCUCCAUUAACAGCUCCUCUCAACCCUGGUAGACCUCCAGGUAAAAACAGAGGCCCUAAGCCCAAGGAGGGGCCAGGAGUUGGAAGUGUAGGUCCUCCAGGGGUUAAGAAAAAAGGCCAGAAAGGGAAGGAGAUGAAGAUGGAGGCAGGAGAGCUGGAUCUGCUUGAGAUUCAUACCAAACAUACCCUGAAGAAAUUUCAACCAGGAUCUAAGGCCAAAAACAAGAGCAAGAUGGAUCUGUCGGGUGCCUGCGUAGAAGACUUUGAAGGGAAAAUAAAUAAGAGCAAGCUUAAACUUGUUCUCACCAAUGGCAAGAUACAAGGGAAGAAGGGGGGCCGUUCUGGUAACGCUAAUGGAGCAGGACGCACUGCACAGUUCCAGCCUCUAACAAGCAGCUCACCUAUGUCAUCAGACUUUGAUUCUGAAGAUGAGCUUCAGAUAGAUGAAAGUCCUCCUCCUCGCCGCAGGCCAGUCGUACCUAGCAAAAAGAAACUGGCUGUAGGUCUUCCCAGAAAAUUACCACGAGCUAAACCAUGCUCAGAUCCACAUCGCAUCAGAGAGCCUGGAGAGGUGGAUUUUGACAUUGAGGAGGAUUACACCACAGAUGAAGAGAUGCUCACUGUGCAAGGGUUAAAGGCAGGAGCAGGGGGAAUCCUGGACUUGCUUAAGGCUAGCAAACAAGUAGCUGGCCUGGAUCCUGCCCUCAGUGAGGAAGCUCCAGCCUCUCCCAGUACCUGUGAUGCCAUUCAGGGCAUGUUAUCCAUGGCCAAUCCUCCUUCGUCGUCAUCAUCGUCCUCUUCCUCGUCCUCUGCCUCCUCCUCUCCUUUGUCUUUGUCCGGGGGACGUGAGAGGUUGGGGACGAUGAAGGAUAAAGCCAGGAGAGCCAUGUGGGUGGGUGGUGCUGAGAAGAAGAGUGAAAAGAAAACCAUCAUCCAAAGGCCAGGCAAGAGACCCAUCAAAAGACCCGCCAGGCACCUCAGUGAUGACGACAGUCCUGAUGAGCAGGAGACCCUGGGAACCUGUUUUAAAGACUCUGAUUUUGUGUAUCCUUCCUUAGAGUCAGAUGAGGAAGAACACACACUGAAAUCCAAAAUGAAGAGAAAGAGAAACUGGGAUGAUACACCGUGGAGUCCUAAAGCCCGCGUGACUCCCACCCUGCCUAAGCAGGAGCGGCCGGUGAGGGAGGGUGCCCGAGUCGCAUCUGUUGAGACUGGGCUUGCUGCCGCUGCUGCCAAACUGGCACAACAGGAGCAACAGAAGACUACAACAAAGCGAAAAUACACAAAAAAGAAGAUCCCUCAAGAGAAAAUGCACUCGGCAGCAUCCCACCUCCAGAUACAGCCAGACUCGAUGUCGCCCCCACUGCCCCCCGAGCCUCUGGUGGACUGUAUCACAGAGGAGAGGAGAGUAGAGACAUACUCGGCCAGCCUGCUGGACCAUGAAUAUACAGCAGGCCCGGGCCCUUUUGGCCCAGGUGGCCCUAGAGGAAGUGCCGCCAUGGCCCCGGGCGUCUUCCUCACCUCCAGACGACCCUCUCUCUCGCCGCAAAACAGCAGCAGCUACUCUCCUUCUACACCCUCACCUGCUGGGAUGGCAAGUCCUGGGGCUGCUGGGGUAGGACAAGGAAAACGCCCAAAGAAAGGACUUGCUACAGCUAAACAGAGACUUGGAAAGAUUUUAAAAAUACACCGCAAUGGCAAACUUCUUCUGUAGAGAUCAGUGGAAAAGGUGAGAUGUGGUGAUGUUCUCAGGAGAAACAGAAGAGUCAAGGGACAAACGUGGAAGAAAAGAAGAAAAAAUUCAGUCACUUGGUAUCACAGUACAACUGUACUGUAGUUGGAUUUAUUAAGACCUCUACAGUGGUAACGACCCCUAAAGCUGCAUCAGGGUCGUUACGUGGGAUUGUGUUUUUUUUGUUUUUUUAAAACUUUCCAUCUGCAAAAGCCAGUAAAACUGCAGGUUUUUAAUUCCAGUCAAAAUAAAUGACACACGAAUCGUGCUUUGAAGUCUACAAUUAAGUAAAUGAGUACCAUAAGCUCCUUGCAGAUAAGAUUAGAGCAGGCUUGCUGGUGUAACACUUUCCAGUGACGAGUAAAGCAAAGAAAACAGUUCUGUUCAUGAAGGUUAAAUUCAUUAAAAUGACCGUUAACAGUAAACAAGCACAUUAAAUAACUCCUGUAUGGCUCUCGUUUUCGCCCUGAGCAAAGUCCUUUUGUUAAUAUGUUGUGGCUGGCCUGACUGUGAGAUACAGUUGUUCAUAUAUAGCUUUAAAACCACAAACGGAAGGUGUCACAGCGUUAGUUAUCACUUAGCAGCCGUCUUAGAGUUUAUUUUUCUGUUUUGGCCUCAUUGAUAAAUUUGACAUGUUAGUGGUCUUUUUUUGUUGUAGAGUUCUAUUAGACAUAAACACAAAGCGUCUCAAAUACUUAAUUUUUGUCUUUUAGACAUUAGUCUAAAAUUAUUUUGUUAACCAUGUUGACUUACUCAAAUAUCGUAAAAGUCUGCCCUACAUCGCCUCUCUGCUACUCCAAGCAUUUUUAGCUUGUCUUUUACAAUUGUAGUCCAAAAUGUAUAGUCGUUUGCUCAUGUAGACAGGAUGGUAGUUGAGGGAUAGGUGAACUUGUCGUGUUAAUUAUCCAAACAAAAUAUUUCACUGUGAAUGUUUUUCUCCAGCACGAGAAUCCUUCACGGAGUUGUCAGUGCACAUAAUGUAUAGAUGAUUGAUAGUAUUAAAUAGUGUCACAUGUUAGCAGCUAAUUUUCCAUGAUCUUAUAAAGAACAGGAAGUCGUUCUACCCUCAGUACCACGUAUGCUUUAGUUGGUGUGCUCAUUCCCUUACUUCUUGCUUCCAUGUAAUGUGUUUUUUUUUUUUUU